GGCCCCUAAAAGUUUAAAGAAAAUGUAGACUAAUUCCAAUCUUCACGCUCUUCAUCACAUCUCCGUCUCGUCUCGAUAAAAAGUGCUCUCUUGAUUCUUUCAUCAUCGGACGUCCCCAACAUACCGUAGCUUCCAGGAAAAUGGUAAUUGCUUCGAUCCCACCCAACAGCAUUGUCUGUCUUGGACGCUCCGCGAUUCGACGUCGUCAAAGGACGGCCUUGUUGACCAACGCCUGGUCGGGAUUGUCGUCAUUGGUCCACCGGAUCACGGCGGCGUGGCCAAAUCACAACAUCUUCCUCAUUGGUGGAAUUAGUGAACAGGGACAAGAGUUCGUGGACAUUGGCUUGAUCGAGGCGCCCCACAAGCUUCCUCCUGUCGUUGCGACGGCGAGCAGCAUUGAAACCUGCCACGACUUUUCCGAAUUUCACUUGGAAUGGCGUCCAGUAGUAGCCAACUCGAAUAACAGAAUCUUUACGCUGUCACUCGUCGCUGACACUCUCCAUGGCCUCACCAACCAACAACUCGAGCGAUUUGGCGCACUCCACCUCUUUUCGAUAGGGCACGACACCAACUUCCCAAUGGUACAAGAACCAUUUCUCGGACAAGCCAAGAGCGCAUUUUGUUUUUGGGACCCUCGAGAUCCACGCAACGACCUUGGACUCGGAUUUGAAUUCGACGCCGACAGUGCCGCAGCCAAUCGGACCGGCAUCCAGCAGGUCGUGUCGCGAUUUCUCACGGACCACGGCUUGAAUGGGUCGCAUCGGAGAGCAGUUCGAGAUGCUGUCCAGCGAGGCAUUGAAAGUCACCAACAAAAAGUUGUUUCGAAGCGGGCUCUUGUCGAGAGACACGACAUUCCAAAGAGUGUCUUGAAGGGAGUUCGAUUGAUACGGUGCUUUCCCCAUGGUGCAGUCGAUACCGGUGCAUUAUUGGAUUCCAAGCCUCGUUUCUAUCCAAGGCCCGAAAACGUCCACCAGAUCACUCUAAGCGAUAUUCAAAAGGACGAAGAACGGUUCGACUUGACUGCGACCGAUCUCCCCGCCAAUGACAAUGCUGCUGUGCCGCAUACAGCAGCAGCAUCUGCCGUGGAACCUGUGUUGGGUGAACUUGGUGUCGUCAAUGCGGAUGCGCAACUGCUUCCACGUCGUCGUCGUCGUCCGCGCGGACACACGUGGGAAACCCAUCCACAUGGUGGAAAGAAGCCAAAGACAAGGAAGAAAGUUUGCCUCCUCUUGGGAAUGUCUAAAGCUGUUUGCAGUCAAAACUUCCAUACGACUCAAGAAGCUUGCAAAGUCAUUGCGCAAAUGGUGGAGGACGGUGCUCUCACGGAGAUGGAUGGUAGGGACUUGGUGCGAAUCAAAGCUACGGAACUCGAGAACAAUGUUUCAUGCUAUACUGUAUCUAUGCAGCAGGGCGCAGAGUACGAAGAGCAGAGUCAUGUCUACGGCAACUUCAAUCGAAUUGGAUUCUUGAGAGAGAUGAAGAUGAAGCAACAGGAAAACUUCCCCCACGACAACAAACCACUGAGCUUCACACAAAUCAUCUGGGAUUACUAUUGGCUUCCUUCGGGGUGGCUUCAAAUCCACUGGACUCCAUCGUUGUUCGAGACUGUCUUGCCAACGUUUGCAAAGGAGAAACUGAUUGACCUCGAUGACUCUCCCGAACAUCCUUGUGGCAUUUACCUCCCAUUUUGCUUCCGUACAAUUCAGGGACUGGUCAAGGCUUACGGGAAGCUCAAGAAGCUCUUUGCAAUUUUCUUUGUUCGAAAGGCCGACCUCCCGAAGCUGACUCUCUGGAGUGGCACCAACUGUAUUGAUGCCAACAUGAUGCAACAUACAUUUGGCAAGCGACGAGACCAGGAGGAGCGAUAUUGCGGUGUCAGUCUCAACGAGGUGAUGGAAAGCACCCAAACGCACGUGAGGCGUGAGGACCUAUUGGCAGUCCUCAACCUGCUCGACGAUAUCGCUGAGAUUCGCUACAUCCGCUUGUUACCAAUAUAUUGUCGCCAUGCCAGCAAAGACAAAGAGGGAGGCUGGAAAGGCCUUGCAGCCAGAACGGAGGAUGUCACAAACGGCAUCUCUGCUGCUAGCUAG